AUGAAAUGUCCUCCGGCGCUUGCGAGCGGCAAUGUUAUGAUCACAAAGGCUAGUGAAAUGAACCGUUUCGCCAGUUUGAUGGUUGCCGAGCUUGCCAUCAGAGCUGGCUUUCCACCUGGAGUUCUCAAUGUUAUUGUCGGCUCAGUUGAGGCGGGUGAAGCACUGAGCCACCAUAUGCGGAUUCGGAAAAUCAGCUUUACUGGCAGCAUUGCCGUUGGCAAAAUGAUUCAGAUGGGAGCGGCACGUUCGAAUCUGAAGAAGGUUACCUUGGAGCUUGGAGGGAAGUCUCCAACGAUUGUUUUCGAAGAUGCCGACAUCGAGCAUGCAAUCCAGGAGAUCAGUCAGGGUUGCGUUUUCGGCAUGCGAAUAUACGUUCAUUCCUCUGUGGCUGACAAAUUCAUCAACGAACGACAAGAAGGAAGCUCAGCUGAUCACCGGGGGGUUCGCCACGGAAUUCAAGGCUGCUUUAUCAGCCCCACCAUUUUCUAUAAGCCUAUGGAUGGCGCUGCGAUCAUGAACAAGGAGAUUUUCGGCCCCGUCAUAUGCGUUGACACUUUCGACACGGAAGAAGAAGUCAUCUACAAAGCAAAUGAUACCGAAUAUGGUCUUGGUUCCUACAUUUACACCUCGAACAUUGAUCGUGCAAUGAGGGUACUACCUCAGAUUCAAGCCGGCGUUGUUGGUGUCAACACAAUCAACAUCCAUUCGAAGGUGACGCCCUUCGGUGGUUAUAAGCAGAGUGGCAUCGGCAGGGAAAAUGGUAUCUACGCGCUCAAGGAAUAUUUGCAGACGAAGUCAGUGCACGUCAAGUAA